AUGCCCGACUUCGUGUUACAACCCCAUUUUUCGACAUGGCGAAUGCAGCGGCUCGCAGAUCGUGUUCGACCUAGGGUGGGCACAUAUUACGUCCCGAUUCUCGAAGCUGAGGAGGAGGAUCCGAUGCUCUUCACUAUACCUAUACGUGGUAGAGAUCACCCAGCCCCCCAGAAGCCCCAAAGGUUGGAAAGUUAUCCGAGACUCUUGAGCCUACCACCGGAGCUGUUGGUAAAGAUUAUGCUCAUCCUACCGCACAGCUCGCUCUACAUGGUCCGUCGGACAUGCAGUGUCCUGCGCAACAUAACCGACGACUUUCGGUUCAAGGCGUUCCAGACUGAUAUUCUCCGGCAGGGAGGAGAGCACUCCUGUCUCACCAAAGCUGGGUUUAACGAACUGCGUAUGAUUAAAAGAAUACUACUACGAAGUACCCUGUGCGGGCCAUGCGGCCGUCUCUUCGACUCAGACAAUAUCAUCCGGCCCUCCUAUUUCCUCAAGGACGACAAGGUGGUGGGCAAGACGGGCGUACAUGCGUUGGGUUACUGGGCAAGCUUUCCAUUUGCAAACAUCUCAAGGUCACGGGUCAGAUGGGGUCGUGCCCCGGAGACAUGA